AUGAAGUUAAACAUUGCUUAUCCUGCGAAUGGAACUCAGAAACUUAUUGACAUUGAUGAUGAGCGGAAGCUUCGAGUAUUCAUGGAAAAACGUAUGGGUCAGGAAGUACCUGGUGAUUCUGUAGAUGAUCAAUUUAAAGGGUAUAUAUUUAAAAUUACUGGUGGGAAUGAUAAACAAGGGUUUCCAAUGAAGCAAGGUGUGCUUCUUUCGUCGAGAGUUCGGCUUUUAUUAUCAAAGGGUCAUUCUUGUUAUAGGCCUAGGCGUGAUGGAGAACGAUCAAGAAAGAGCGUUCGCGGAUGUAUUGUUGCAAGUGAUCUUUCUGUUUUAAGUUUGGUUAUUGUAAAACAAGGGGAAAAUGAUAUUCCAGGAUUAACUGAUACUGCAAAUCCUAAAAGACUUGGACCUAAAAGAGCGUCUAAGAUUCGGCGUUUCUUUAAUUUAAGUAAGGAAGAUGAUGUUCGGAAGUUUGUUAUUCGUCGUGAGAUUUGUAAAAAUGAGGGUAAGAAAUCUUAUACAAAAGCACCUAAAAUUCAACGUCUUGUAACGCCUGUGACGCUUCAAAGGAAAAGAAGGCGUCUUAAACAUAAACGAGAGAUCGCUGAAAAACAAAGACAAGCUGCUGCUGAAUAUGCCUUACUUCUUAGCAAGUAUAUUUCUGAAAAAAAGGCUAAAAAGGCAGAAAUUAAGAAAAGACGUAGUUUAAAAAAGUAGUUUAGGAAUAGUU